AUGCCAGCCUCACUGGAAGGACCUAUUCUCCCCUUCAACGAUGGGGAGAUAGCUUUGCAGAUAAGUCUCAAGGUGCCGAGCACACUCAACCCUACGAGUUUGUUCCUCACACCAAACGGGCAAUUUAUGAUAUCACAUGCACCCUUGCUAGCUUUAGGGGCGUUGGAUGCAGAUGGCCGUCCUUGGUCAACAGUAUGGGGCGGAGAACCAGGCUUUGCCUCGGUGAUUGAUACAGACAUUGUGGGCAUGAGGGCUCUUGUGGACAGGAUUUAUGAUCCUGUUGUCGACGCUUUGUUUGAUCAAUCGAACGUGGCUGAUGGUUCUAGUAUCAGGGCAGAGGGUGGAAACAAGAUGAUUUCGGGAGUCAUAAUUGAUUUGGAAAAGAGAAAAAGAGUAAAGCUGUACGGUAAAGUAAUUCUGGGCACAUUGGAAGACCCCGAAGGCAACAGUCCUGAAGGAAUAUCGAAGCUCUCAGGAAAGCGCGGUCAGGCCCAAUUAGUCGUCAAAAUUGAAGAGUCUCUAGGCAACUGUCCGAAAUAUCUCCAUAAGACGCAUAUCGUUCCUGCCGUACCGGAACCAAGACUAAUUUCUGCUUCCCCAAGGCUUCCUCCCCAAGCGUUGAAGCUAGUCAAUGAUGCAGACUGCUUUUUUAUAUCCUCUUACCACCAAGACACUGACAUGGAUACAAACUAUCGGGGCGGCCCUCCAGGCUUCGUACGAGUAAUUUCAGCUGACUCUAAAGGAGCGGUGCUCGUAUAUCCGGAGUACUCUGGGAACCGGCUAUACCAGUCGUUGGGAAACCUGAUGAUGAACCAUCAGGCCGGUCUCGUUUUCCCAUCUUUUGAGACUGGGGACGCGCUGUAUAUGACGGUCAUGACGGAGAUACUCCUUGGGGCAGAUGCCGAUGCACUGCUACCAAGAUGCAACCUCGCAGUUAAAAUGACUGUUGUCGAGGCACGCUACGUCGAAAAGGCAUUGGCAUUUCGUGGAGUCCCGAUCGACAAGUCGCCAUAUACGCCUCCCGUUCGCUAUCUUCGGACAGAAAAGGAACAUACCAUGGCAGGCAUAACAGAUAGAGACCCCUCCUGCGCCAGACUCGUAUCGAAGCAAAUGUUGACUCCAUCUAUUGCCCGCUUUCGCUUCAAGUUGUGGAAUGCGGGUGGCAAACUCCCUAGGUAUAAACCUGGGCAGUAUGCUGUUUUCUCGUUCAAAGACCAGCUUGACAAGGGCUAUAGUCACAUGCGGGAUGAUGAUCCAUUGAGUCUCAAUGACGACUAUAUUCGGACUUUCACCGUCUCCUCUUUUCCGAGACACAAUUUACCAGAUGACGAAUUCGAGAUCACAAUUCGAAAGAAUCGCAAUGUGACUUCUUAUAUGUUCCAACGGGAUCCUCGCAUAGAACAAUUUGAGGUGCCCAUGUUAGGGUUUGGAGGAACGUUUAAGAUCGGGAACGACCAAGAUAGUCAAGGUAUCAUCCCCUUCAUAGCCGGCGGAAUUGGCAUAACGCCCGUUCUAGGUCAAUUGCCGGGCUUGGAUGUUUCUCGCCUUCGCUUGUUUUGGUCGAUAUCGAGCCGUGACACCGGUCUUGUUCAUGAUAUAUUUCGACGGUUUCCUGACCUGCCGCCUUCGACGACAUUGUUCAUUAGCCAGUCAGAGAAGAAUCCUGCCAGCAGCCCAUACUCUUUGAAAUUGAGAAUGUCUAGCGCCAUUGCUAGAACGGGCGACAGAGCGGAGCGACGAAGGCAUCAGAAUCGGCUUAACCAACAAGCGUGGAGACAGAGACGGAAAGCUCAAAAAGAGCUGGAGGAACUGCAACGGCACACGGAGAUCUCGACACAGGCGGCUGCCCUCCUGCAAGUUCCUCUGGCGGAUUUUAGCACUCUGAUUCAGUUAGCACACAACGAGGCUCAGAAUAGUCCGCAGAGCACAGAAUGUCGGCUAACUCGCCUCGAAACCUACGAGCUGCAAACCCUGUUUGAGGCGGCCGCAUAUCAAAGUUAUAUAGGAAACCCACGUGCAGAUCACCGUCUGACGCUAGUAAAAUUGAACGUGUUUCGUGCAUAUGUAUGUAAUAUCACGGCUCUUGGAUACAAGCGCGAGGGAAUGACGGACGAUUCCAUCUCGCGCUUCAACAUCCAUGGCCCACACGCUCCGCUAGAAGGCUCGAUACCAGCUAGCCUGCAGCCGACUGCUCUCCAGCAGACCAAAGCCCACCACCCCUGGCUAGAUUUCUUUCCAUUUGCACAAAUGAGGGACAAUUUGGUCGCGCAUGAGGAUGAGAUGGACGACUCGCAGCUCUGCCGGGAUCUGAUGGGGUUUUGGAACAUGGCUGAGCAUGACAACUUCAUGCUUGUAUGGGGAGAUCCAUGGGAUCCGAUGAACUGGGAGAUCACAGAAGCAUUUCUGCAGAAGUGGGGGUGGCUGAUUAUUGGCGGGGUGUGA